AUGUCCCAAGAGAUCAACCCUUCAUCCCCAUCCAAACGUGCAUUCAGAACCUUUUUCAAACCUUCAUCCGCCAAUCAGUCCAACACUUCUGAUGGGUCCAGCAGCAGCGAUCGGUCAACAGGGCACAGGAUCAAAGUUCACAAGGGUUCACCAGUGUGGGGAUCAAGGGCAAGCGAUCGAUCAAGCACUACACCACCACCGUCAUCGCCUUCCAGUACAAAGAAUGCAACAUCGACGGCACCGUUCUUCCAAAAGCGUGGACAAAAGCGGCAGCAGAAACUACCUAUAUCACAACCAAAGAAGACGAGUCGACCAAGCAGCCCUGCACCAUCGUUUCCACCACCACAACCAUCACCAGCUCGAUCACCACGACCUAGCGUUCCUGAACCUUUAUGGCCUGAUAAGGAUUGGUUUCAAGGUGGACAUAUUGGUGUGGAUACACAUCGAGAAAGGGAUGAUUUUGACUUUGGUAAUCGCAGGUCAUCACGCAAUUAUGCAGAAUGCAUUAUGGAUGCCAACGACGUUGAAUUUUUCACGCAGCGUGCCGAGAAGCGUACCAGCAGCAGUAAACAACAAUCGCCACAAUCACCAAAGCGUCGCCCUAUAUCAGCUACGCAAAUAGAGCGCUUUAUGCAUCAUGUGUAUCCUCAUGGAAUGAAAUCCCCAGCAUGCCAAUCAUUGUACGCGUCCAUUUUCACUACCACAUCAUCAUCUACAUCCGCUCGACGAUCACAAAAGAACAUGUUAUGGAAUGAAAAAUAUCGACCAUGUUGUGUACAACAAUUGCUAGGCAACCGCGAUGAUCACACUUAUCUACGAGAUUGGUUACAUCAAAUGAAAGUCAUGUCGCCAACAGCACUCGAGCAAUUGAAGCAGCAAAAGAGCAAUCGCAAGUCGACGCGCAAAGAUUUGUUUGAGAAUAUCCCAAUGGGUGAUGAAGGAGAUGAUGAUUUCAUGCCAACCAAACGACAUCGUGUGAAAUCGAAUAAGCCCGUUGCUGAGCAACCAAUCCAAUCGAAUUUGCUAUUGAUGGUGGGCAAGCCUGGUACUGGAAAGACUGCAUCCGUAUAUACAGCAGCUGAAGAAGCGGGUUAUGAGGUGUUUGAAAUACAUCCUGGAUUACGGCGUUCUGGCAAGGAUCUUACUUCGAGUGUUGGUGAAAUGACAGAAAGCCAUCUCGUUGCUUUUGAUGGUAAAAGCGCCGAUGUUACGUCACGUGAUCCUUCACCAAAGCCAUCCAAAGCAAGUGUUGACUUUUUUCGACAAUUCGUCAAGAAGAAGGAAGAACAAAUGCCUACUCCACCAUCGUCACAGCCUGUUCAUGAACACCAACAACAAGCUGUUGUGGAUCUUACAUCAGAUGAGCCUACGCAACCACAAGAACCUAAGCAAAGCCUGGUGCUCUUGGAAGAGGUCGAUAAUUUAUAUGAAGAUGACAAAGGAUUUUGGCCUGCAGUGGUUGAGCUAGCCCAAAAAAGCAAAAGACCCAUCAUCCUUACAUGCAAUGAUAUCAAUGUGGUCCCGAUAGAGCAGCUUUUCUUGCAAGCUGUGUUGAUGCUCAAGCCUCCAAAGAAAGAUGAGCUUCUUGCGUACUUGCAGCUGGUGUGUUUUGCUGAAGGAUACCUUGUUCACCCUGCGGAUCUUGCUGGAUUGUUUGCUGCGAUUGGAUAUGAUAUGCGACAAUUGAUGAUGACACUUCAACUUUGGUGCAUUCGACAAACUGCCAAGAAUGAUGAGGAUGAGGAUGAGGAAAAGGAGGAGGAUCGACCCGACAAGGAGUUACCAAAAAGGGACAAGGAGUAUCAGGAGGAAUCAACAACAACGGCGGCAAUUUCGACAACAUCAUGCAUAUACCACGAAUGCCCCCGGUUAUUUGAGGAUUACACUGGUAUCGGUGGUCACUUUAGUAGACCGGAAUGUCUUGCACAGCUCUUCCAUCUUGAACAACCACGCUCAAAAACGGGAUUGGAUUUGGUCGAGUUUUAUGAAUACUAUUCACGAGGCAGCCAUGUCAAUAUUGAAGAUGAUGACCAUGAGGACGUUGAUGGAUUGGAUACAGUGCUAAGUGCAUUAGAAGCGGUGACAUGCUUAGAUCGGAAGGAGGGGCAGGAGCAUGAAUGUGAUGAAUAUGGACCAUCUUCAGCGGAUCGACCCACUGGAUAUAAAGCAUUGUGGAAAACACCGAGCAACACAGACCACUUGUUUUGGGAUUAUGGUGACAGCAUGGCAACGCAAACAUGGGUGGCAAACUAUGAACGGCUCAAGGAUAAGGAUUGGAUAAUGGCAACCUUAUGGGAACAGUUACUGGAUGUCAGAUCAGAAGCAGCAGGGGAUUGCAUAGCCGCUUGUGAAGCAUUGCUGACACUACGAACGGCGGGUUUAUCAGACGAGUUGAUCUUGAAUGAUUAUCUUCCUCAUAUUCGAUCCAUGUGCAUUUAUGAUCAAGGUGUCGCCAGCCGUGGACGUAGUCUUCGAACCAGGAGAAAGCGGCGGUAUUUUGAUCUUUCAGAGGACCAACGACAGGUCUUGCAGGAUCCGCCAAGAUACAACGAUGCCACCAAAUCAUGGUGUGAGAGCUUAGAGUCUAUAUUUACAAUGCAUCUCGAGGAAUGGCUAUAA